UGACGUCACAACCUGUUUUGUUUUAGUAUCGUGUUGCAAUCGCUCCCAAUCUCACUCUCCACUCAUACUCAACUCACUCUUCACUCACACUUACUACGACGAACACGAACAUAAUGGACGACACGGAGCGAAGACAUUUUGGGUUUUGAUAAAGAAGAUAAGACCAACGGGCGUAAAGAUGAAGCGGCUCUACAUCAACGUACUUCUGUCACUGGAAAAUAAGAGAAAUCGAUUUAUUUUCGACGAAGAAUACCAAAAUACGUGAGGAUUUCCGGAUCAUCGCCGAAUCUCAAGGCAAAAUGACCACAGUCGGUGACUCUGGGAGGGUCUCGAACCCCUCGGCCAUGGAGGGGUUCGGGACCAGCGGAAGGGCGCUGCUGCCCUGGACCCGUCACCUGCUGGGCGCCGUGUGGGACCAGGUCUGCACCCUGCUCCAAGUCCUCUACAUCAGCUUCAUGUCAGUCUUCCAGCUGUUCCGGUUGGAGGUGCACCUGCGGAUCACCGAUGAGACGGGGCAGCGCGUGGGGCACCUGGGGGCCACCAGCCCAGCUGACUCCUUCCUCUUCUCCUCGCUGUUUGACGGGGACAACGGGGUUAUGGUCGGCGGUUCCAAUCCACUCUCUACUUUCUGCGGGGACGAGGGGUUCCCCGGGGGGGGGGCUGAGGCUCUGCUCUCCAGCCUGCGCGCGGACGAGCUCUGCUGCGGCAUGGUGGACGACUUCGUCUCCAUAGCAACCGGCAAGGAAGAUGGCCUGUUCGUGGGAACCCAUCCGAGCUGGAAGGUGGGCUUCUCGGGCGACUGGAACAUCUUUGCGUCCGGCGCAGAUGCCUCGGAUUCGAGUAGGAGCGGCGCGGGAGAGGGGCUGAAGCAGGAGCUGGCAGAGGAGGAGCGGAGCCCCCAGUGGAGCAGCGAGGAGGACCAGAGCCAGGGAGACUGGGACAGCGAGGAGAGUCGAGCUCUCUGGGACUCCCUGGCCAAGUCCAGCGACCCCUACAACCCCUUCUACUUCUCUGCCUGCCUCUCCACCAACACCACCACGGGGAAGACCCCCCAAGAAGCCAGGAGUGCCAGGGACCCAGACCCUGUCUCCGGCAGUCAGAAGGGCGAGGAGCCGAGCAGGCCCCCGGGGCUGACCGUCUGGGGGAGCCGGUCCGACAGCGAGAGCAGCUGGGGCGGCUCGGAGGGCUCCUGCGCCGACCCGGACCCGGAGGAGAGCGAGAGGCUGUGGGAGUUCUUCAGCAAGCCCCUGGAUCCUUACAACCCCCUGUUCUUCACGGCCUGCGCUGCCAGUGAGCCGCCCCCCGGCCUCCCCCCCCCCAGCCCGACCUCACCGUCGGCCCGGUGGUCCUCGGAGGAGGAGGAGGAGGAGGAGGAGGACCAGCUGUGGAAGUCGCUCGGCCAGAGCGGCGACCCCUUCCACCCGCUCAACUUCACGGCCUGCCUCCAGAGCCCAGCGCCCCGGCUCUCUCCCGGACCCGGAGUGGACCUCCCGGACCCGUCGGAGAUCCUCCCCGAGCAGAGCGCCCCCCCGCCCGGGGAGGGGGGGUUCCUGGUCCCAAAGCAGCCCAGGGUUCCCCUCCCGGAGCGCCCGCGGGCGUGUGCCCCCCGUCCGCCGACGCCCCGGCUCCCCUGGACCCGGCCCUCCGGAGCACCCGGCCCCUCUGCCCCGGAGCGCCGCCUCGGCCCCCGCAGCCAAAAGCAGGUGCGUUUCUCCCCGGUGGUCCACCUCCACGUCAUGCACUCCUGGCCGUUCGCUCGCCAGGCCUGCCGCAAAGGACCCUGGGAGGAGAUGGUCCGCGACCGUGACCGGUUCCACCGGCGGAUCGUGGAUGUGGAGAAGGCCAUCGGACGUUGUUUCACCCAGCAACACCGAGAGCGAAUCAGGACUGACCUGGACAGCAUAUUGAUCUAACCCCGUCCCUCCUCUGGUCUGCUGACAAUGUUUUCUGACUCUUCAUGUUUUAGGAGAAACUGACUGGUUGCAAUGCAACAUGGAAUUAGACUUGGCUGAUGGGUAAUUCGGAUUCGUAAUUCGUACAAUGUUAUUGUUGUGUACCAUGACCUGUGGCUCAUAGAUUACUAUAACGCCUGAUUUCCACCGGGGACGUAAGCGCCGCGGGACGGCUGCGCCGCGGUCACCGCUGCUGAUCGCUGCCACUCUACUCAAUGAAACCAUUUCCACCGGGCGCGCUGCGGAACGUCCAUUUCCCGGUGGAAAUGGACGCAAGGCGGAGUUCGCAGCCGUUCCGCGGCGCGCACGUCCCCUGUGGAAAUCAGGCGUAACUGUUGCACUGAUUUGACACUUUUCAACAUAAAUGUUUUGUAUGCCUGAAAUGAUGACCCAGUAAUGUAACUUAUCUAUUGGCCUAUGAAGCUUGUGCUUUUACUAUUGGUAUUUUUUACAGUUGGUUUGAAAUGAUGAGUUGUGAUUAAGUUAUUGUGUUUAUAUCUAUAAUUCUUUUUUUAAUGUGAAUAUAAACAGUGGUGCCUAGAAGACUGCAAUGAAUGAAGACCAGAAGGAUGUUAGGUUUCCUCUCAUCUAGGACU